AUGGGAGGAGCAGAUUGGGGGCCGGUGGCGGUUGCGGUUGCGCUGUUCGUAGUAUUAUCGCCGGGGCUUCUCUUUCAGCUGCCGGCGAGGAGGAGAGUGUUGGAGUGCGGCAACAUGACCACAAGCGGCAUCUCAAUAUUGGUUCAUGCCAUUCUCUUCUUCGCUAUUAUCACCAUUUUGGUCAUCGCCAUUCAAAUUCACAUUCACAUCUAG